UAAAUACCGGACGGACCCAUCCGGCAGGUAAUGCGCAUGCGCAAGGGCAAUGCACUUACGAAAAAUGAUUAUAUAGGUUAUUUUUUAAGAUAUAUUGAGUUUAACCUUCACAGAAGGAGACAAACACGGAGAGACGAUGGCAGGAGAAGAGGAGCAGAGUCGAGAUAAGGGUUUCAGGUUGAUGGGGAUCCUGGAUGUCCAGAGAACUCCAUGUGCCAGAGAGGCCAUCCUGCAUGGAGCUGGAGGCUCACUGGCUGCUGGCCUGCUCUACUUCCUGGCUACCAGUCGGGUUAAGAGGUCUUUCGACGUAGGAUUUGCAGGUUUUAUGGUCACCACGCUUGGGUCCUGGUUCUACUGCAGGAUGAACAACGCUAAACUACGUGUGCAGCAGAGGUUUAUACAGGAAGGCUUGAAGAACAAGGUGGUGUACGAAGGAACUGUUCGAGACCCCACAAACAAGCCGAAUCCAGAGACGCCUUCAGGCCCCUCGUGACCUCCAGCAGUGCUGCUCCUGCUUUCCCAUAAAGGAUUUAGAGGACAGGAGAGGACGCUGUCGGGGUAAACUGACCGAACUUAUUUGGACUGUACACAUCAUGGAUAUGGAUAUUGUUUUUGUUGUUGUUUGUUGUCGUGAUGUCGAGGAACUCAGCCCGCUGUUUGAAAAAAGCCUUUCCUCUCAGUUGAGUGACAGAUCUUUGUGUUCCCAGAAUGUCAAGCUGCUCGUACUGUGCAUUCUACUCUUAAAUUAAUAAUAAAACAAUCUUUUACA